AAUUAAUUUUAGCCAGAAAUCUAUUUAUUUUAUAAUAAUUAUUAUUAUUAUUUGCCACAAGCAGAUGUUUGUGGCAAGUAGUUUUACAUUGAGCUUUGGAUAUGAACCUAUAUGCUUCAAUCUUAUCUAAUUUAGCUAUAGAAUUCAAAUUUUUUUGGCUAAAUAAUAAAACAGUUUGCUAUGAGUGUUGUUUUCGUAGCUAAAGAGUGAAGCAGUUUGGUAUGGGUUUAGUUUUCGCAGCUAAAGAAUAAAACAUUUUGCUGCAAGAAUAUUAGUUUUGUGGCAAAAGUUUUAAAACAUUUUGCCACGUACUUAUUGUGCUUGUGGCAAGAAAUAUUAUUCUUAGCUAUGGAACAAAUAAAUCCCAUGGCUAAAAGACUUUUAGCCACUCCAUUUCUAGGCACAGCAAGCUACGGGAAAUAUUUUUAUGGCUAAACCGUUUAGUUACGAGAUUUUCACUAUUUAGCUAUAGGAUCUCUUAAAGCUGGAGAUGUAAAAUGUAGUAGAUUAGAUAAAUGUGUGGGUGAUAUGUGCUUCCACACCAUCUAGCCUAUGGUGUCUUGGGUCUUCCAUUGGCACAUUGAUCAAGCACAUCGAUGUUAUGCUUGUUCUUCUUCUCACAAGCACAUACCUCACAUUUUUGAGAGUCUUGGUCUUCCCAUUGUGAUCAUGGAGUCAGACAUCUCCAAUGCCUUCAAUGUUCACCUUCUCACUGAUAACCAUAGUCACUUUACCAAGAUCAUGUCUCAUCAUGUUCACAAAGAAAGUAGAGUCAUUGCAAAUAUACAUGGAUGUCAAAGAAUCCAUCACCCACUUUGAGUUGUUACCAUCUUCUUUGGGAUCAUCUUCCAUUAUGGUGUAAACAUCACUCUCAUAGUCUUCAACCAUGUUUGCCUCUUCUUGCUUGCCAUUAGCCUCUUGACCUUUCAUAUGUUCUUAUUUUCCAUGUCUUUCUUGAGCUUUGGACAAUAGGAUUAGAGGUGACCCAUCUCAUCAUAAUAAUAGCAAUUCUUCUUG